GCAAACGGGUCAAUCGAACGAUCAUGUCACCUACACAGAAAGAUUAUAUAUACGCCUACCGGGGACUCUACCGAGCUCUAUUACAUGCUGUACAAUAUGCAAAACCAGCGCGAUACAUGGGAAGAAAUAUGUUGAGGGACGAGUUUCGCAAGGGAAACCCGAAAACUUUUGAUCAAAGACGAAUCAGCAAUACCAUCACAUUUUUGAAUCUUGCGGCCAAAGAAACUGGCCUUGAGCACAAAUUGGUCAAGAAUCUAUUGAGGGUAAAGUACGAGCGUGGGAAUCAGUGGAAAGCGCAACUCAGGGAAAGAUAUCCCAUGCAGAUACAUUUGAGGAAAAACAGCAUGACACAUUACGACAAAACUAUUGAAAUGCUCAACGAAAGUAUGGGUCUAUGUCUACGUUAAGAGCAUCACAAGUACCGGGGAGAAAAAGCAAUUUAUCGACUUCAUGGCUUCACGCUUAUCAUCAUCCUAAAGGAGUUUCUAGAACGAACCCCUUUGCGGAAUACAGGACGUCUAGCCAAAGUCUAAAUCCCAACGCCACUCAACAGGUCAAGGCUGGCUGAUGAUUGCUGUAUCUUGAGACUCGAUGAUCAAGAGCUAUGAAUGAUACUGGGGGUGUCAACAAUGUAAUCAAAGCAUGGCUCAGCCGGUCGUAUGGUAGACGCUGGUCAUAUCAUGACUGUGCCUACACAGCAGUGUUACCGAUGGUUGGGGACUGUACUUGGAGAUGAAGUCCGCAAGCUAGAUGUAAGGGUUGUUGGCAAGGACUUACAGCCUCACAGACUUAUCUAAUAGCAAUAAUGUAUAACGAAUGA